AUGAUUUCGGAGGCGCUCGUUCCACACUUGCUGAAGAUUGUGCAAGAGGCGGCGGAGGCGGUGUCCCCCACUUCGCAGUCUUCAACUCUGCUGAUGGAGAAUGGCACCAGGUGCGGGGAACAAAUUCUGAACUACGACAAGGUGGAGAAGGUAUUUAUUGGAGCGAUCCUCACCACGCUCACGUUGUUUACUAUCUGCGGGAACUUGCUGGUGGUGAUCUCGGUGUGCUUCGUCAAAAAGUUACGGCAGCCGUCCAACUAUCUGAUCGUGUCUCUGGCGGUUGCCGACCUUUCAAUCGCGCUGGCAGUUAUGCCGUACCUGGGCAUAACCAAGCCUCUGACCUACCCUAUGAGGCAGAAUGGCUGUUGCAUGGCCAAGAUGGUGCUGUCCGUGUGGCUCCUCUCUGCCUCCAUCACCCUGCCCCCCCUUUUCGGCUGGGCCCAGAACGUAAAUGACAACAAGGUGUGUCUGAUCAGCCAGGACUUUGGUUACACCAUCUACUCCACCUCAGUGGCGUUCUACAUCCCCGUAUCCGUCAUGCUCAUUAUGUACUACCGCAUCUACCGCGCCGCCAAGCUCAGCGCCGCCAAGCACACCAUCACGGGCUUCCCGCGGGUCGGGGAGGAGGCGGCGCGGGGGGAAGAGGAGGAAGCCAUGGAGGAACAGGAGGAGGAAGAGGACAGCGUGGACUGUGUGUCGGCCGCUCUGAGGCUCCACAGGGAGGUGGAGGAGUGCACGCGAUUCUCCCGGCUCGUGAGGAGCAACCGGAGGAACAUGUCCAUCUUCAAGCGGGAGCAGAAGGCAGCAGGCACCCUGGGGAUCGUGGUAGGAGCCUUCAGUGUCUGCUGGAUGCCUUUCUUCUUACUGUCCACGGCCAGACCCUUCAUCUGCAGGGCGGACUGCCCUAGCUGUGUGCCCUUGUGGGUGGAGAGGACCCUGUUGUGGCUGGGCUAUGCCAACUCCCUCCUCAACCCUUUCAUCUACGCCUUCUUCAACAGGGACCUGAGGACCACCUACAGCAACCUGCUGCGCUGUCGUUAUCGCAACAUCAACCGCAAGCUGUCCGCCGUCGGGAUGCAACAGGCCCUCAAACUGGUUGAAAAGACUCACUCUGUUAUCUAAAUGUGACAAUGGUGUUAUUGUUGUGGUUUUGUGGCAGCAGCUAUCUAAAUGGUGUUAUUGUUGUGGUAUUGUGGGAGUUGCCAUAUAAAUGGUGUUAUUGUUGUGGUAUUGUGGGAGCUGCCACACUGAGAAAGUCUUAGGUCAAUGGCAUCUGCUUGCCUGGUCCUCUACUCAAGAUCUUGCAUGUCCAGACAGUCUAAAACAAGGCUCUGUCACAACUUCCGCCGAAGUUGGCUCCCCUGCCUGUUCGGGCGGUGCUCGGCGGUCGUCGUCACCGUCCUACUAGCCGCCACCAAUCCCUUUUUCGUUUUCUGUAUGUUUUGUCUUAUUAGUUGCACCUGUGUCUAUUUGUGUGUGUGCUAGAUGGGCUUCCUUAUUUUAAGUGCGUAUACCCGCCCUUGUUUUGUGCGGGAUUAUUUUUGUGUUAUUUAGGUGUGUUCGUGUUCUGGACCUGGUACCCUGUGUUGUGGGUUGGUACCCUGUGUUGUGGGUUGGUCCCUGUGUUGUGGGUUGGUACCCUGUGUUGUGGGUUGGUACCCUGUGUUGUGGGUUGGUCCCUGUGUUGUGGGUUGGUCCCUGU